CUUUAUGUAGGAGGAAAUGCUGCUCUCAUUGGUCAGAAGCUUGCAACAAAUCCAGACCUGAAGAUCCUCCUUUGUGGCCCAGUUGGUCCUAAACUCCAUGAACUACUUGAUGACAACGUGGUUGUCCCACCUGAAUCCAUGCAGGAAAGGGAUGAAUUCCAUCUCAUCUUGGAGUAUCAAGCAGGUGAAGAGUGGGGCCAAGCGAAAGCGCCCAACGCCAACCGCUUCAUCUUCUCCCACGACCUAUCGAAUGGCGCCUUAAAUAUGCUGGAAGUGUUUGUGUCCAGCUUGGAUGAAUUCCAGCCAGAUCUUGUGGUGCUUUCAGGGCUUCACAUGAUGGAGGGCCAGAGCAAGGAGAUGCGGCAGAAACGACUUACGGAGGCUGUGGCCUCCAUCUCCGAUAUCCCUGCUGGCAUUCCCAUACACCUAGAGUUGGCCAGUAUGACCGAUCAAGAUUUUAUGAGCAACAUAAUCCAUCAGGUCUUUCCCCUGGUGAACUCCAUCGGGCUGAACGAGCAGGAGCUGCUGUUCCUCACGCAGUCAGCCGCCGGUCCCCACGCCUCCCUCACCUCCUGGAGCGGCAUUCCCGACAUGGGGAUGGUCAGCGACAUCCUCUUCUGGAUCCUGAAGGAGCACGGGAAGACAGCGGAGAGGGCCUCGGAUCUCACGCGGGUCCACUUCCACACCCUGGCCUACCACAUCCUGGUCACGGUGGAUGGGCACUGGGGCAACCAGGUGGCCGCCGUGGCUGCCGGUGCCAGAGCAGCGGGGACUCAGGCCUGUGCCACCGACACCAUCGACACCAGCAAAGUCUUUCUCAAAGCUCCUCUGGAGUUUGUCACCUCCCAGAUCGAGGCGCCUUCCAAAAUCUCAUUAAAUCCAGACGAGCCGGUGGUGCAUUGGCACAGGGAUGGCAUCUCCUUCCACUUCACUCCCGUGUUGGUGUGUAAGGAUCCUGUCCGGACCGUGGGACUCGGGGAUGCUAUUUCAGCUGAAGGACUCCUAUACUCCGAGAUUUAUCCUCAGUAG